UAAAACCAAUUGCAACAAAUUCAAUAAAUCGUGAAUAGAAACCUUGAAUCUUCAAGAAUGGUUUGAACAGAGUUAUUGAAGAAGAAGAAGACCACGCACCAUUGAAGCUUCUUGUCGAAGCUUUUGUAUUUUGAGAGAUAGUCAAGGGACGAUUUUUGUAAUUUUCGAAUCCAAAAAGAAAUCACUUCAUCUGUAAUUCUGUAUAACAAAAUCAAUAAAAUAAAGUUUUGGAUCUGUUCGUCGGGACAAAUCUCCGGCGAAGCUUAGUUCAAUAAAGUCCAUAAUCGCUUCAUUUUUCAGUGAAUUCGUGAAUGGAAGCGAUCAGGAAACAGGCGACGAAGCUCCGAGAGCAGGUUGCCAAACAACAACAGGCGGUUUUCAAGCAGUUUGGUGGUGGAGGCUAUGGAGGUUCGGAUAAUGUUGUUACAGAUGAGGCAGAACUCAGGCUUCAUCAGAAACUUGAGAAACUAUACAUAUCUACACGUGCUGCCAAGUCUGCUCCCUUUUCACUUUCAGCAUUUUCAAAGGGACAUUGUUCGUGGUGUUGAAGGAUAUAUAGUUACCGGUUCCAAACAAGUUGAAAUAGGAACUAAAUUGUCUGAAGAUAGUAGAAAAUAUGGUGUUGAGAACACAUGCACUAGUGGUAGUACGCUAUCUAGAGCUGCAAAAAACUUUUCACGAGCUCGUGCCCAGAUGGAGAAGGAACGCGGAAACCUACUUAAAUCAUUUGGGACACAGGUCGCAGAGCCACUAAGAGCGAUGGUAAUGGGAGCUCCACUUGAAGAUGCCCGGCAUCUUGCUCAACGUUAUGAUAGAAUGCGACAAGAGGCUGAAGCACAGGCUGUUGAAGUUUCGAAAAGACAAGCAAGAGUUAGAGAAGGGACUGGGAAUCCAGACAUACUUACGAAACUUGAAGCAGCAAACUCAAAAUUGCAAGAUUUGAAAUCCAACAUGGGAAUAUUAGGAAGGGAGGCAGCAUCAGCAAUGGCUGCUGUUGAAGCUCAACAACAAAAAAUGACUCUACAGAGGUUAAUUUCCAUGAUUGAAUCGGAACGUGCCUACCAUCAAAAGGUUCUUCAGAUUCUGGAUCAGCUUGAAGGCGAGAUGGUAUCAGAGCGACAACGAAUUGAAGCAGCUCCUACUCCGCCUGUGGAAAUGCCUCCACCUCCAUCAUACGAAGAAGUAAAUAACACAUUUACUUCACCAAUGCAAAAUGGUUUGAAUGAUGAAGUGGAUUACUUUUUAGGAGAGGUGAUAUAUUCAUAUCAGGCCGAGUCUGAUGUGGAGCUCAGUCUAUCACUUGGUGAUUAUGUUGUUAUCAGAAAGGUUUCCAACAAUGGUUGGGGUGAAGGUGAAUGCAAAGGGAAAGCAGGUUGGUUUCCGCUUGGAUACAUCGAAAGACGAGAACGCGUUCUGGCAAGCAAGGUAACCGACAUCUUUUAGAGGAUCCCCUUUUAAUCUUCGAUCAAAAUUUUAUUAAUUUGCAUUAAGCCUUUUUUUGGUAACGAAAAGCUUCGUGUGCUUGUUCUAACGAAACAAAAAAAAUAGAUACCAUCGAGCGUUCAUUCUCGUAUGCAUUUAUAAUGCUGUACAUUCUCUCUUCUUUUUUCCAGAUUUCGCAAUCGGUUUUCUUUUGAUUCAAUUUGAUGUUUUUGUGUUUAAUUUGUUAUGGAAUUUUGGCCUCCCAAGUUCAAUGGCACAUGAGAAAUCGGACUAUUUCAAUUUGUUUGUGUGAAAA